AUGAGAGACCUGGGCCCAAGUCACCACGGCAACGGCACAGGAGCCACACGUCACCACGGCAACGGCACAGGAGCCACACGUCCCCACGGCAACGGCACAGGAGCCACACGUCCCCACGGCAACGGCACAGGAGCCACACGUCACCACGGCAACGGCACAGGAGCCACACGUCACCACGGCAACGGCACAGGAGCCACACGUCACCACGACAACGGCACUGGAGCCACACGUCGCCACGGCAACGGCACGGGAGCCACACGUCACCACGGCACCGGCACAGGAGCCACACGUCACCACGGCAACAACACAGGAGCCACACGUCACCACGGCAACGGCACAGGACCAACAGUGACUGAACCCAAAACAUAG